AUGGAAGGGGAGAUUGUCGUAGGUACGAGACUCCAUUGGCCCAGCCACUUGCAGUAUGAGCGUAUCAAUGUGGACAAGGUGCUGGAUCAAGUGCGUACUUUUUGCACUCGUGCAGCUACGUACUCCAAUGGUGGAGUUCUGAUUGCUGUGGGACUGCCUGAAGCCAUCCCUGGAUCCAUUCCAGCCGCUCGUAUAUCGAGUGGAAACGCAUCAACGACCAGUGCCUUCACUGACUCCUUGCAUGAGUUUAUGGUCCAGUUGCAGAGCGAGGUAAAUGCAAAAACUCUUGCUGGCAAGGUAGAUAUUAUCCCUAUGCUGCAUUGGGGAAAGUUUGUUCCGGCCCUGAAUGCGUUGAUCGGAACCGCGGCUAACCGCUUUCCAAAGGCCAGCACCCUCCUCUUACAGUCCCUUGAAAUUAACGUCGAUGCAGCUAGUGUAGCGUCACUGCGUUCUCACUUUGACCUCGCACGUGACCUUGUGGUGGGAGCAGCACUACCUGGCCACGACUUUCAACCGAAUCCGGUGAACCAACCGGUUGAGCUGAGCGGUUUAACGUCGCCGUGGAAUACACUCGCACUGUGGAACCUGGAGCAACUAAUGAAAGUUGGUUUUGCACUGAUGGGAGACGCGUUGCGCCUUGAGGUCGACGGGAUCGGCUCAGCCGCAGGCAUCGAAGAAGUGGCCACCAUUGCGAUGUAUCAGCAACUAUACGUGGGCACGACGUCGCCUACGACGGCUAAGCUGGUGCGCGUGCCUAGUAUCACGUGGCAAGUGAAUGAAUUGAAGGACUCAAAGUGCCUCGCGUGGCAUGAGAAGAAGAUGGCGACCAAGCAACAGCGCGCAGCUGCCCAGAUCGCUCACUUUGGUGGCGUUGCCCCUGGCCGCGUGUAUCACUUGGACGCCUGA